AUGGGAAUAGUCAUGGACGACAUCCACGCACCUACUGUCGCCUCCGGACCUUCGUCCGGGGCUGCCCCUCGCGACUUGUCUAAGCUGUCGAUGACCGAUCUGAUGCAGGAGAAGCAACGCCUGGAGGAUGAGCUCCAAGCUCUGAGCGCUGUGCUCGACUCGCAUGGUGUUCGCAUGACCUCGUCCCUUACUACCUUCGAUGGCUACCCACGCGAUGAUAUCGACAUCGCUCAAGUCCGAACAACCCGCGUGCGCAUUAUCCACCUACGAAAUGACCAUAAGGCAGUGAUGCAACUUCUUGAGAAGGGCAUCCACGCCCAUUUCGCCAACUUACAGAACACCCCUGACGCACAACCAACCACAAAUGGCACUAGCGCUACUCCAUCCGCCCAACCGACAGAGCAACCAACAGCGCAACCAGCAACAGUCGCGAGCGCUACACCGGGGACAGCAUUUGCCAAGGUCAAUUCCGUGGUCCCUGGAAGUCCAGCAGAUCAGGCAGGGUUGAGGGCGGGAGAUGCCAUCCGAAGCUUUGGAAGCGUCAAUUGGUUGAAUCAUGAACGUCUCUCCAAGGUUUCCGAGACAGUCCAGCAGAAUCAAGGGCGCCCGGUAUCAGUCAAAGUCAGCCGGACGGGCCCAAUCGGAUCUAGUCCUCUUGAGCUGGACCUCCAACUCACACCUCGACAAAAUUGGGGGGGCCGUGGAAUGCUGGGAUGUCAUCUAGUGCCAUUAUGA